AUGCAGUUCGUUAGCGGCUUCUCUAAGGAGGCAAUUUCUGACGUUGAUCCCGCCCUCUCUGACAUUUCUAUAUCGAGAGAUCGCACAAUGAAGGAACGGCAAUAUCUUAAGAAGCUGAGGGAUGAACUGGGGAGACGCAGGAUGAAUGGGGAAAAACUGACCUCAUCUAAAGUUAGCGGGGGAGGUGUUUUGCUUGGAAUAAAGGACAACAUACUAUCCCAAGAAAUCAUACCAAAGAAUAGAUCUGUAGAAUGUGUUUUUGCUACUGUCAAACUAUCAUCUAGUCAUCGGAUGCUGGUCGGCGGAGUCUACCUUCCACCUAACAUGCCCUCAAGCCAAUACUUUGAUUUUGCCUCAAUUGUCGAAGAGCUGCUCCUCACCUCUGAAAAUUUUGAACCUAUCCUGUUGUUGGGCGAUUUUAACCUUCCCAACGCGGAUUGGGGUCCUCUCGGCACUCAAAUUCAUGAUCCUGCGAGCCAGCCAAUCAAAGAUCUUGCCCAUAUCUUCAAUCUUACACAGGUCAACGGUGUUAACAACGAGCGUGGAAUGUUACUGGAUCUAGUUUUCUCUUCCAGGAUAGACAUCAGUGUCCGAAAGUCUCUUGAUCGCCUUGUUCAGGUGGAAUCACAUCAUCCAGCUCUCGUUAUUACCGUUCCAUGUUUCAGACCAGUCACUGAUAAUAACAUGACCCUUAUCUACGACUUUAGGAGGAGUGAUCUGUUUGAGAUAUUUAGAGUGAUUCAGGGUUGGCCGUAUCCGGAACUAAACAACGUGAUGGGGGACAGUGUGGAGACUGCAUACAUUGAUUUUUAUGGUUCUCUCAGUGGGGUGAUCAGGGACUUGACCCCUACGAAAGUACUUGGAAAACGCAACUUCCCUUGUUGGUUUUCAUUAGAGCUGAAGGCACUAGUCAUUUUGAAAAAGAAGCUGCACGUCAAGUUCAAAAAGUCAUUAAAAGAAUCUGACUACUUGGAAUUUCGUAGUGUUCGUGCAAGGUGUAAGACUCUAUCCGCCUCCUGUUACAGGGACUAUAUACUUCGUAUUGAAAACUCCAUACCAAGCAAUGUGAAGGUCUUCUGGGGACACAUCAGGUAUAUGAAACGCAAGUCUUCAACACUUUCCAACCUGUACCUUGACAACAUGACAGCGGACACCCCUAAGGGCAUAUGUGACUUGUUUGCUUCAUAUUUCUCUUCUGUAGGCUAUACAGGCUCCCACAAAACACUUCCAGUUCCUUUGGAGCUGGAAACCUCUUUCCAUCUGUCAGGUUUUCACAUCUCAUGUGAAGAAGUGGAGGAGACACUAUCUGGGCUGGAUGAAAGGAAGGGUGCGGGGCCAGAUGGGAUUCCCCCAGUAGUAUUGAAGUUUUGUAGUGGUAUCUUGGCUCCACAUGUCACCCAAUAUUUCAAUGCUCUUCUAACUCUGGGCAUUUUCCCUAAGAACCUGAAGUCGAGCUUUAUUACACCUAUCCUGAAAAGUGGUGAUCCAGUAAAUGCCAAGAACUACAGACUUGUUGCAAUUCAGCCUGCCCUAGCCAAAGUUUUUGAGUCCUUGUUCUUACGUAGACUUUCAUUUGAAGCCAAGAACAUCAUCUCUCCAGCUCAACACGGUUUUAUGAAGGGAAGGUCGGCAACAACCAAUCUCGUGACUUUGCAGAAUGACAUUACAUCCUCCUUCAGAUUGGGCCACCAGGUCUAUUGCGUUUAUCUUGAUUUGUCAAAGGCUUUCGACAGGAUAAGCCACAUUCAUCUCCUAGCAAAACUUAGGACUUGGGGAGUGACUGGAUCUCUCUUGAUGUGGUUCGAGAGUUACCUGGCGAAUCGUUUCCUCGCCGUGCGUCAUGCCAGUGAGACAUCUUUUGCAUUUGAGGUGGUGUCUGGGGUGCCUCAGGGUUCUCAGCUGGGAACUGCCCUUUUUUCUAUCUUCAUUAAUGACCUUCAGAAUGUCGUCACAUCGUCUAGCCUGUUAAUGUUCGCGGAUGACGCCAAGGUAUAUAGGGAGAUAUCCUCACUUCAAGACUGCGCCUCUCUGCAAUCCGACUUGGAAAGUGUCGUCUCCUGGUGUGUGCGGGAUGGCAUGGAUAUAAAUUUCGCAAAGUGCUCUGUGGUCUCAUUCCAUCGCUCAGCUAGGGUCAUAGUCUUCAACUACGAGAUGGAAGGAACCAUACUGAAUCGCUCAAAUAAUGUCAGUCAGCAGACUGUUAUAAAGAAGGAAACAUCAGGCCCCCAGGAAACAAAAGGCUUCCAGGAAACAGACUGUCAGGAAAACUCAAAGUGUCUGGACGUUCCUGCUACGCACAACGGGACAGGCGGGGGCGUUCGUAUUGUGACGUUAGAGGUGACAUUCUUGGAUCGUGGCACCAAGAUCAACUGGCACCAAUUUGCAAAUCACCUCGCUGAAAGACAUCGGCCACCAAAAACUCCUGCCGAGUCACUGGACCAGCUAGACCAACAAGUACUUGACUUAACUACCACCCACCAGGAAUCUAAGACAGUAUCGUCAUCCCCUCUCUCCCGGAUGGACAUCUCAUCACCUCUACUGAGGACUUGA